AACUGGAAUUUUCAGAACGGUUUAACGGACUCUGGAUUCUCGCGCGUUCCGACCGGACGCAGAUGGACGGGCUGCUGGCGGUUCGCUUGCGUUCUUCGGCCAAAGGAUGAGGGGUUCACAGGGGGGAAGGAAGACUCCCUUGAGCAAAAUGCCGAAGGCUCUCCUGCCUUCUCCUCUCCUCUUCAUCAUCCUCUCCACCCUGCAGGGUAAAAACCUGAUUAAUGAUCCUUAUAAACCUGAAUGUGUUCGCCGGAAAAUGUUGUGCCACCCGAAAGCGAUUUGUCAACUGGAUGCUCUCUCUUCGGAGUUUUAUUGCCGUUGCUUGCCAGGCUACGACGGAGACGGGAUCCAUCUUUGCCAAGCCCCCGCUUUCCACAUCACCGUUUCUGACGCUUCCGUUUGUGACGAGAUGGGCGAGCAGGUGUGCCUCCUCCACUUGAAAGAGCCGCGCGUCACUUUCCACGUCUCCGUCUCGUCUUCCGCCCACCGACGUUCGCCCAGCGUGAUCUGGUACAAGUUUUACAACGGACAGAGCCCGCAGUACCACAGCUACCGACAGCGGUUGGGAUCCAUGGGAAACAGGACUCUGAGGAUAACGGUGCACAACCGUAGCCAUAUCCUGACCCUCCUCACGAUCCAGGACGAUGAUUUUUACCCCAAUCUUUUCUGGGCAGAAGUGAAGCUCUGCACCCUGACCCCCAAAACUCUGGGAAUUGAAGCGUACGACUUAACCCGCUUUCAAAUGUUAAACCCUUCUGGACUGAGGUUCUAUUUCGCCCUGGAGGGAGAAUCGAUCGAGGUUGGACCCUUUCUGGAAGGAGAUACAGUGGCCCUCCGCUUACCUGAGUACCUUCACCUCUCGCCUUCCAGCUUCGUUCAGUGGAUCAAGGAACCACGCCCGCUGACCCUGAGGGACGACCAAGCUGUGGUCAUUGCCGACGACGUGGAAAAGAUGGAGAUCAGCGGUUUAACGGAGUCCAGUUUUGGUUACGUCCGAGCCCUGGUUUACGAUUUCCAUUCGGAGGUUCCUGGGCGUGUUUUGGUAGCGGAAAGGCUCUUCUUCAUAAAAAAAGACGCCAGCAAAACCUGCAAGGGAAGUGGAGAAGGAAGGCGUUGCCGUUGUCACCCGGGGUUCGAAAGAAGGGGUGUGCAUUGUGUCGACAUCAAUGAGUGUGAAAGGAAAACAGCCCCGAGUUGCCUGGCUGAGGCCACCUGCACCAACACCUACGGGUCGUAUUUCUGCCGCUGCCCUCGGGGCUUAGAAGGAGACGGCCUACUCCGCUGCGUAGACGUCGACGAAUGUACGAGAGGCACCCACAAGUGCAACCGAGGCGUGUUGUGUUUGAACACCCUGGGCUCCUACCUCUGCGCCUGCCAGAGCGGCUUCGUGGGCGACGGCUCACGCUGUGCAGCCAAGAGCACCUGGUCGCCGUGGUCGCCGUGGUCGCCCUGCUCCGUCACUUGCGGCAUCCAAAAUCGGAUGCGUAUCCGCAAGUGCACCCACGAGGAGAGCGGGAUGCGCUGCCUGGGCCCUUCGGCUGACCUCAAGGGGUGCCCCAACCUGCAGCCUUGCCCCACUGACGGCGGCUGGUCGGUGUGGUCCCCUUGGUCGGUGUGCCUGGAGACGUGUUCGGGGAUCAAGAAACGGGUCCGGUUAUGUGACAGUCCUCCCGCUUCCAGAGGAGGUCUCCCUUGCGCGGGCGAGAAGGAGCAACUCGGAUUGUGCCACUCGAGCCACUGUGCCGUGGAUGGCGCAUGGUCUCCCUGGGCCUCGUGGACCCCGUGUCCCGUCUCCUGUGGAUUGGGAGUCGUGCGGCGGUCGCGGCGGUGCAACAACCCUUCCCCGGAACACGGAGGGGAGAACUGCAGCGGUCACGGCUACGAAGAAGGCACCUGCGGCUUUCCGGAGGCCCUCUGCAGAUUCCUAGCCAAGCCUUCUGGAUCCGUCGUACCUAGGAAACUGAGUCAAUAAAAAUAUCAGAACCCCAAAAUUAACCAAGCUUUGGAACUAAGGGGAGGUUUUUCCAGCAGGAUGGGAACUGUAGUUGUUGGGUCAUCAAUCAGAGGCUGAGCAGAGGAUGAUGAAGGUCUUUGGGUACCACUUGACCACCCCACCCCCACCUCUGAACAGCAAAAUUUGAUGAAGACUGUGAUUAAAAUGUGAUGGCCAUUGGACCAACGUCUCCUUCCUUUUUGUGAAUCUGAGUGUUGGAAGG